AUGGUCACUAUAUUGAAAAUCAAAGGUUUUGAAGAAUUCGUCAGUUUUACAGACAGCAUUGAUCCAAAUGGCCCCAUAGUUCUAUUUUAUUUUACCGGCUCAAAAAUGGAAAAUGGGAAGAGUUGGUGCCCCGAUUGCGAAGAAGCUGAGCCAAUAGUGAAAACAUUCCUGACUGAAUUAAAAAAGAAUGUCACUUUUGUUUUUGUUGAUGUUGGGGAACGGGAAUACUGGAAGGAAAAAACAUGUCCGUUUAGAACAGAUAGUCGUACUAGACUAAUGGUUAUCCCGACUAUUAUUAAAUGGAAAGGAGUUCAGAGGCUAGAAGGCAGUCAAUGCAAUAAUAGAGAUUUAUUACAAAUGCUAUUUGAAGACGAUGAUGAUUAG